AUGCCAUUCCACAUUCCUCACCACCAGCACCAACUCUCUGACCCGCAAUUCUCCCACGACAACUACUACAGCGCCGUCAAUGCCAUUUACUCUGCUGGCCAGACCGUGACCUCCGUCGGAGCCCCAAACCCUCAAUACUUGAACAACCACCAACCCGAUCCGCCCACCACGGCUCCCGAAUCCAGACCCUACCUACCUCAAUCGCAGCCAAACACCAAUGGCAACGGUACCGUGAUUCCAUACCGUCCUGGUCCUCCGCCGUCCGCGUAUACAAGUGUGCAAGAGGCCCAGACUGGCCAAUACCAGCCAGGUCUGAGGCGGUCUCUGACAAUCGGUCGCCAGCAGGCCGACGAACUGCAUUUGAAUCAGCAAGGCACAGCGAUGAGCGACGUCCACCACUAUGGUGCACCGCCAGCCUACACAGGGGAAGCACUGUCCAUCAAGAUCGAGCCCUCUACGCCUCAGCAUCCUAGCAGCGUUGCCAGUCAGCCUAUCCCGGGCACACUACAACCAGGCCUUGCAAGCAGACCCGCGACUCUAGCCGCCAGCAAUACGGCUCCUACUCUACCUACUUUACCUCAGAUAUCCACUCAGAUGCAGCAACAACAACAGCAGCAACAACCACCUCCUCUGUCCGCAAGACAGCCACUGAAUCACACCCACUCCUACUCUCGGUCCAGCCCCGGCGCCAUGGACCAGCCAAAAUACAAACCAUUCUCAGAUACUCCCGAUCAGAGCAAAUAUCCCUCUGCCCCAAAUUCAUACCUGCCACAGACUCCUCAAGGACCCCCCUCAUACUCUCCUCUCGGACUAGCGGACAUCAGACCGAGGACAGACCCGACUUUUACAGACAUACCUUUCAGUCCGGGUGUAGCGCAAGAGAACGACAUUAUACAGUACCCUCAAAACAGCAACUAUAUUGCGCCUUGGCCCAUCUACGCAGCGGAUUGGUGUAAAUGGCCCCCUCGGUCCAGCAACGGUUCGGCAGGCAAAGUGGCCAUUGGCAGCUAUCUGGAGGACAAUCAUAAUUACAUUCAAAUACUGGACACUCAAAGAUCGCAAAUAGACCCAGAGAACACCCACGGUGAGCGAGGCCUGGAGUUUAUCAAAACCGCAGAAGCUACACAUGCAUAUCCUGUAACUAGGAUAUUGUGGGAACCGCCUUCAUCGAACAAGCAGACGACGGAUCUAUUAGCAACAUCCGGCGACCAUCUUCGAUUGUGGUCUCUGCCGAACGACCAACACUCGUAUCCGUCGAAUUCAGUCACCCGACCGACGAACAGCAAAACUCCUCCAUUACAGAAACUGUCACCACUUGCCUUGCUCUCGAACUCGAAAUCUCCCGAACACACUGCACCCAUCACCUCGCUAGAUUGGAAUGUGGUGCAGCCCUCACUGAUCAUCACCUCGUCCAUCGACACGACCUGCACCAUUUGGGACAUUCCCACGCUUACGGCUAAGACGCAGCUCAUUGCACAUGACAAAGAAGUCUACGAUGUGCGGUUUUGCGCGAACAGCGUAGAUGUGUUUGUCUCGUGCGGUGCAGACGGAAGUGUGAGGAUGUUUGAUCUGAGAAGCCUCGAACACAGCACCAUUAUUUAUGAGCCAUCGGAAAAGCAGCAGCAGGAGAAGAACCCACAACUGGCCGAUCCUCUUUCCGCCUCACCAACACGGGCAUCAGGUUCGGGGGGGAUAUCGACGCUCUCUUUUCCGCCUCCCUUGCUCCGCAUCGCGGCUUCUCCCCACGAUGCUCACCUGCUCGCCACCUUCAGCCAAGACUCGAACAUCAUCCGUGUUUUGGACGUCCGGCAGCCUGGCCAGGCCUUACUUGAAUUGAAAGGGCACGGUGCCGCCGUGAAUUGUAUCGAUUGGAGCAAUUCGCAGCGCGGCGUACUCGCCUCUGGGGCAGAUGAUUGUUGUGUGUUGCUCUGGGACCUCAUGGGCUCGAGUGCGUCGACUGGAUCGAAUAGUGUGCCAGGUGGUGUAACAAACAGCAGCGGCGUGGUCCAGGGACAGGGACAGGAGCGAGGCCCGUCGGCAGUCUGGGAGUGCAAGUUUGAAGUGAGCAAUUUGAGCUGGGCUCCGACAGCGGGAACGCUCGGGGUCUGUGGUGGAAAAGGAUUUUGGGGCGUACAGUUAUGA